GCCGUUUAGGGUUUUGGAAUGCUUGUCUACAGGAAGGGUAACACUUCUUUACCCAAAGGGUGGUCUCAGGUUGAAGUUAAAUCCCAGGAAGAAGGUUUCCACCUUGUCGCCACCGUAACCCGCCGUCCUCCUCCCAUUUCCACCACGAAAAAGGUUUCAAAGUUGUGCCGCCACCGUAAACCGUAACAGUUCCGCUUUUGGAUUUCGAGCUGAACGACUUCAUCGGCGCUUUUUAUAGAUAGCGAGUGGUGCACCGGCGUUACCACGGGAGGCGUAGAACCUUCCAAUUCCGUCGUCACCUUCUACAGAUUCCCACAAUUCCGUAUUUUCGAAUCAUGGGUUGAUGGCAAAUGGGUCCGACCCGAAGAACAGGAACCCGUUUGUAAUGAUGGCCAUAGUGUUGAGAAUGCUGUCGAACGCGGUGAAUCGAGCUCUUUGAAGUGCAUCACUGAAGGGAUUGCAACUGUUUCGUUAAACUUUAAGGAUUCGGUUGAGGACACAAGUCACACAACUUCUGGCAUUGAUGAACAAACUUCUAUUGUAACAUCAAUGAAGAGAGCAAAGCUGACUAGUAUUGGUAGCAAUGAUAAGCAUCUAAAGCCUUCCAAGAAAUCAAAGUCGGGAAUUUCUUCUGAUGAUCCAAGUGUAUCAAGUGUGGGGAAAAGUAAAGAAGUAAGCAACCCACCUGCCGGUCAAUCUUGGGGCUGCAACUCUCAAGAAGCUAAUACCAGUGACCAAACCUUUGAUAAUAUUGAGAAUCUUCCUCAUGGGAAUAAAAUGCUUGAUAAAUCAAGAAAAGGUGUCGAAUUGAAUCGUCCACUAAUGAAUUCUGCUAGAAAAAACUCAAAAUUAACAGUUGGUGUUGGAGACGUGGAAGCCUUAACUCAAGGAGGUACAGGUGAUUUAACCAAAGAACCGACCCCGGAAUCUGUUGAAAAACAGAAUGACAUCAAAGACUUGUCUAUUCCUGUUGUCAUUGGUUUGCAGUGCAAGGCUUUGACAUACUCAAGAACAAAGAAGCAGCUAGGUCCACCAUUGGCACCCGAAACGACAGGCAAUGUGGAGGUGACGGAAGUGGAUACUAACUCGAUUACCAAAAGGAAAAGGGGAAGGCCGCGCAAAUUACCACUCAAAAUCCCCGAGACUUCAUUGGCUGUGAAUCAUCAGAAUGGAGAUGCCCUUCAAGGUUUAGGUUUCGUAGAAGGUAGCAAAAUGAAUGCAAGUAUCAAGGUUGAAUCAGGCAAGGAGAACCCGGAAGUCAAUGUAGACAAGCCACUAAAUAGAAGUUCCGGGAAAGCGUUAACCGUGCAACAUGAGAAGCCGAAAAUAGUAAAAGGAAGACGAGGAAAGCGACGCACAAUAAGUAGCAUAAACAUCGAGGCUUCACCACAAGAUUGUCAAGAUUCAUCGAAACAAAAAGCAAAUGGAGGGUUGGAGACAGAUGGUACGGCAGGAAAUUCCGAACCUUCUGUCGAGAAAUAUUUCGACACAAUGUCGGAUGAUCAACCUCUCUCGAGGUGGUUUGAAGGAAUGCACUCUGCAACAACUGUUGACAGCACAGUUGCUGCCCAACAGAGAAAAGUAGAGCAAUCGUCUGAUGCAAGUAAGAAACAGUUAGAAAAUCUUGAAAUCUGUCCGGCUGUGGCGAAUGGCGAGAUGGUGGCAGAUGAUGGUGGAAACUUGUCGUUUGUGAAAAGCAGUCCGCUUUGGGAGACAUUAGAAUCAAUGGAAGUGUUCCGGAUGAUUCCGCAAAAUCCACAUUUCCGUCUGUUGAACAGUCUGAAGGAGAGUGCUCGUGAAGGACAAGCUAUCAGCCAAAUGGUGAACUUUUCGAAAGUGGUGGAGAACACAUCCCAGUUGCGGUUCGACUGUCCAAGAAACACGAUCGAAGAGUGUUUGGAAGUGCUUGUGGAACUAGAAAUCCAUGGAUUUGAUGUGAAGCUGAUAAGAGAUCGUUUAACCGGAUUACUUUUGAUUAAAGAUAAGCAGGAGGAGCUUGAAGCACGAUGGAAAGAAGUUGGAGAUAAAAUAGAGCGAGUAAACGUUGAAGGAGGGAGAGAUGACGAAGAGAUUGAGCUGCUGGAUAAGAAGAUCAGGGAGCUGCUGGAAAGACGUUCACAGAUUUUGGCGAAGAAGGAGAAGAUGGGUUCAGAACAAGGUGGUUUGGAAGUGGAAAUUGAUGGCAUCAAAGAGGGUCUGAAUGAAAUCAGAUACAAAUUCGAUGGCUUAGCUGCUGCAUCCUUGUGUCCUCCAUGAUCGACUGCAACCGGGUUUAAGACAUAUUUGGUGUUUUGUUUUGUUGAAUAUGGUAGCGGUAGACGAGUAUCAGUAGGACAUUGGAGUUUUCUAGCGUGUGACGCUUUUUUCUUUGUUGGUUAUGGUACAUACAUAAUCUAGACUUAAUUGCAGGCUUCAAAAUUGGAGCUAAAACCAAACGUUUUGUUGGUGAUUUUGGUGUCAUCGCAAUUGAGAUUUACAUCAGACUGA